CAGUGAGGCACGUUUUCCUCCUGCAGCAGCAUGGACAGCAGUUUCUCCUGUGUGAGGAGAUGUCUGUAGAGAUGGUUGAGGUCUCAGUGAAAGCAGCCGAGCCGGUCCGCCCGGCCGGGAUCCUGCAGCAGAACCGCGUCUUCCUCGAUUUCUUCUGGGACUUGGCCAAACCGGAUCAGGAGGUGCGACUGAAGGCCGUAGAAGACCUCAUCCAGUACCUGAAAACCAACAACAAGGCAGAUGAGCUGGAUUACACCUUUAAAAGGCUUGUGGAUGGACUGGCUCACACACGAGAGACUGCGAGACCUGGAUUCAGCCUGGCGCUGGGACAGGUCUUAAGUGCCUUUGAAGACGUCUCUCUGCAGAGUGUACUCAACAGAAUCAAAGAAAAGCACAAUUUGCAGACAGUGAAAAAGAAACUCGUCAGAAAUGCUUUGUUUGGAAACUUGUUUGGCGUCCUUGCCCUUCAUCAGUCCAGCCGCCUCUCUAAAGAGCCACAGGUGGUGUUGGGCUGUGUGCAGCUCCUCCAGAGCCUCAGCCAGCAGAGACAACACCUGAAGGACCUGCCCACUAAGACCAUGAUGGACAUUCUCAAUGAGAUCCCAGAGGAGGUGUUUGAGGAGGUCUUGUUUAGCGCCCUGAAAACUGACCUGGCAUCAGCCUUCAGCACCCCAGAGCAGCUGCAGCUGUUGCUGGUAGCUCUGCAACGGUUCCCGCAAACCCUCAAACCCAAGAAACUCAAGAAGCUGCUGGGGUCCUCGACCAUCAUCAAUGCUGACAACAUCCCCAAGUUGACAGAGGUGUUGAAGAUGGCAGCCCGCUCAGUGAAGAAGGAGUGUGUCCUCCCAGCAGUGGUCCUGGACCUACUGAAGCUCUCUCUGAAGGAAGACAGCUUCCAGCUCUUCUGGAAUAACGCUAUCAUCAAUGGCAUGUUAAAGGAGCAGCCAGGGCCAGCUCAUUACCUGAGCUUCCGUCUGCUGGGCAGUGCCCUGCCUCUCCUGUCUGAAGCCCAACUGAAGGAGGUGUUGUCUGGAGAGGUGAUGAUGCACUACGGGGAACAUGUAGUGUCAGCUCAGAAACCGGACCGUUUCAAGCUGGCCCCAGAGAUGGACACCUACGUAUCGGACUUCUUACAGGGCUGUCAGGACUCCGACAAACAGCUGGCAGUGAUGGUGGGCUUCUCCUCACUGACCAACCAGGGCUACCCCGUGGUGCCGUCGGUGUGGAGGGUGGUGCAGCACCUUCAGCCUGCAGCUCUGCGGCACUACGUGGACUGGCUGAAGAAGACGUUCCUGCAACCUCAGCUUGACAAACUGCUGGACUUCAGCACUCGCAAGCAGAAGGGCAAUCAGGAAGGACGGGAAGAAAAGGAAAACAUAUUCCGCCUGAGGAAGUGGAUUGUUGCUCGUCUCGCUUCAAUCAUUGACAACCACCAAGUGAAGAGGCAGGAGGAUCUCAUCAUGGAUGUGGCCAGGUUUGUCUUUUUCCAUGCUUUCUUCAGUGCCAAGAAGGCCUGGGCCGACAUCCCAGAGACGGAGGGGAAGCUUUCUGUCCCACUGGAUGAUAAAACCAGAGGAGUGCUUGUCAAUUCUUUCUUUGGACUCCUCUUGUCCAUGCACCAUUUGCCCCUGACUGACGACUCGGCUGAAGGCUCGGCUGUCAACCAAAAGCGCGCGCUGGGUGUAACAGCCGACGGCACCAUGUGGAUCUACCACCUAGUCCAGUAUGCCCAAGUCCUGCUUAACCAGCCAAAACACGUCCAGAGCAGCCAGCCCUUCAGCCCUGAGCAGAGACAGGCCUGGGACAGCAUGCUGGAGUCGGUGGCAAAUCUGAAGAAGAAAGCAAAGAAAGGCGCGAGUGCAGAGAGCGGCGCGUUCCAGCAGCUCUUCCUGUUGGUCGGCAUGCACCUCUUCAAGGCCCCUGAAGAGCUGCUGGACAUCAUGAAGGACCUGCAGAGCUGUGUGGACAAAGCUUUGGAGAAGAAGGCCAAGAAAAAAAAGAAGAAACAAGCCACAGAGCAGGAGGAGGAGCCUGAGUGGGUGGAGGUGAUGGUGGACAUUUUGUUGUCCCUGCUGUCCCAGCCGAGCCGACAUAUCAGACAAGUCUGCAAAACGGUCUUCACCUCCAUCUGCCCCCAUGUUACUGCUGCAGCUCUCACCGCCAUCUUAGAUGUUCUGGACCCAGAGAAGGAUGAUGAGGAGGACAGUGCUGUAGUCGUCACUGAUGACAACAAAACCAAGAAACCCAAUGAGGAAGAUGACGAGGAUGAGGAGAUGGAGGAUGAUGAGUCUGACGGAUCAGAUGAUGAGGAGGAUGAAGAUGAUGAUGAUGAAGAUGAUGACGAUGAUGCGAUGGAGGAGGAAGAGGAGGAUGUGGAAGAGGGAGAGGUGGAUCAAAAUUUCCGUUUGGAGCUGAUGAAGGUCCUGCAGCAGCAGAAUGCUCUGGCCACAGAGGAGGACGGCAGCAGUGAUGAAGAUCUGGAUGAUGAAGCCAUGAUGGAGCUGGAUAAGGGCCUGUCAGCGCUGUUCUCGGAGCAGAAGAAAAAGAACCAGGCUAAGAAGGAUGAAAAGACCAAACUACAGAAAGAGAAGACGCUGGUCCGAGACUUUAAGAUCAAGGUGUUGGACCUGGUUGAGGUGUUUGUGGCCCGGCAGGCUGGCAGUCCUCUUGUACUGGGUUUAGUGGAGCCUCUGCUCACCAUCAUCGACAAAGGAAUGAGCUCUGACACCCACCAGCAAGAGCAGGACUUCCUCCGCCGAGCUGCAGAUAUCUUCAGGAACCAGCUGUGUAGGUCCAAGGUUUACUGCAGGACAGUGGGUGACAGACAGGGGGAGCUCCAUGACCUGCUGGACAAACUGAUGACUAAAACACAGAAACUGUCCGACUCCUCAGUUUGCCUCUACUACUUCAGUGCAUCUCUGUACGUGGUGAAGGUGUUGCGAGGAGCUCCAACUGCUGACACCAAAGAGGAGCAAACAGCCGGCAAAGCUGCAGCAAAUGACUUGAGGUUCAUGGGCAACGUGGAUGUGGAUCGGGUCUCCGCCGUCUUCAGAGAGGCUCUCAGCUCUUUCAUGAGUAAGAGGAAGAGCCCUCUGACCGCUCAGAUGUUCACAGACUUGUUCAACAGAUUCCCUGUUUUGUGUGUGAACCUGUUGGAUGCUGCAGUGCAGCACAUCACAUCUGGGAUCAGAGUACACCAACAGGGCCAAGCAUGUGUGCUGGUGUUGCGGGCGAUGCAGAGCAGGGAGGUUCAGCAGCUGCUGAGUGGUGCUAGGUGGACGGAGCUCUGUGUGAAGGUCACAGGUCAGCUGGCAGCGAGUCUUCAGCAGGUCGGUCAAACUGAGAGCAAGGUGGUGAAGGAGAAGGUGGUGAAAACCCUGGAGCUCUGUCAGUUCCUGGUCAAGCAUGUUAACCAGCAGAAACUCUCCGUGGACCUGGAGCCCCUUCAGAGGGUCCUGCAGUCCCUGCCCAGCAUCAUCACCUUCAACAAGACCGGCAAGCUAGAGGACACCUACUGGGCUGUGAUGAAACACUUUGGAGUCAUGAAACCCAAAGUUGAAAAGACAAAGCCUGACAUGGAGGCCAAUCAACAGCAAGUUCCCAAGAAGAAGAAAGGUUUUCUACCAGAAACAAAAAAACGUAAAAAGCGCAAUAAACCUGUUUUAGAGCCAGCAGGAGGCAAUUCGACCUCCACAGCCAGACCGGGAGCAGAAAAAAGACAAGCCAAAAAGAAAAAUGACAACAAAACAAAACAGAAACGACCAGCCAAUGGCGCAGCAGCUUCUCAGCCCAACCCAGCCAAGAAGAGCAAGACACAGUCUGUAAGCAAGCCAGCCAAGAAGAAGAACAAGAAACCCAAACAGAAGAAAGAGGGAGGAGGGCAAAUGUAAAGUGGACAUUUAAAUGUUAAUUUUCUUUUAAGAGGCUGUUUUCAUCUGUUAAUUUUUCUACUGUUCAUGCAGUUUACUUUGGACAAUAUGUUGGUAUGUUUCAAUAUGAGUUUCAUAGAAAACAUUAAAUGUUGGAAAGUGAAUUAAU